CCCUGCAGCCGGACAGGCCCCUGCAGCCGGACAGUCCCCUGCAGCCGGACAGUCCCCUGCAGCCGGACAGUCCCCUGCAGCCGGACAGGCCCCUGCAGCCGGAUAGGCCCCUGCAGCGGUACUGCACAGCGAGGGGGACGUGGAUUACAGGGAGAACAGGCCCCAGCAUGUCAUGUGACUGCGCAGACGAUCAGGAGGAAAUAUAUGAGAUCUUCAUCCCUUCAGAACAGCAAAGAAGCCCAUUUCUGUUCCGUCACCUCUGCCUCCUGUUCCCAUGCUCAGGUACCAACCCCACAGCACAGGGACCCUGCGCUACCUCACCUGCUCUCUCUCAGGUACCCCACAUCCCCACAACACAGGCCACAGCACAGGCCCACAGCACAGGGACCCUGCGCUACCUCACCUGCUCUCUCUCAGCACCUGUACGCGUCUCCGUGGCGAUGAGUUUGGACGUGUGGAACGUGGGCCCGGUCGCUGGCGGCAGCGUGCAGCAGCAGAGGGAGCGCUGGGACAGGAAGCGGGGGCGGACUUCCUGUGAGCUGGUCCGCACCGAGCAGAAGUACUGCUUGAGCCUGGAGCUGGUCGUCACGUACUUUGUGGAGAUUCUGAAGGCCAAGGGCACUCUGAAGCAGGACAUCAGGGAGAGCAUCUUCAGCUCGAUUACAUCCAUUCAUUCUGUCAACCAGGCGUUAUUGGCUGAUUUGGAAGGUGGGAGGGUUGGCCUUGGCUUCGAGAGAUUCUGCCCCAACCUGAACUACUACUACACCUAUGUGGACAACUUCCAGAAGGCCUCCAGAGUCCUGCAGGUGCAGCUGAAGAAGAACAAGGCCUUCAGACGAUUUAAGAAGCUGCAGGAGUCAAGGCCAGAGUUCCGCGCCUCCAAGCUGGAGGAGCUGCUGCAGCUCCCACUUCAGCGCAUUCAACAGUACAAGCAUUUCUUGCGCGACUUGGCGGAGAACACCAGCCCAGAUCACCCCGAGUUCCAGCAGCUUUCCAGGGCGGUGAAGGCCAUCUCCGGGGUCGCUCAGCGUAUCCAGGACAACGGGCGCAGCCAGGAGAACCUCCUGCAGCUCCAGCGGGUGCAGAAGCUGCUGAAGGGGAGGAAGACCAAGGUGCUGGCUCCAGGGCGCUGGUACAUCAGGGAGGGCUGGCUGAAGGUGGUGCCCACCAAGGGGACAGAGGCCAAGCCCAAAAUGUUCUUCCUGUUCUCGGACAUCCUGCUGCUGACCACGCCCUGCAGCUCGCUGCACCCCACUAACGGGGAUAAGUUUGCCUGCCAGCGCGUGUACCCCCUGAGAGAGUGCACCGUGGACAAGGUGUUCGGCCACACCCGCAGCCAGGGUGGGCUCAUCAGCCUCACCUUCGCCCGAGACAAACUCCUGCUGAUGUCCGGUGACCAGGAGGACAUCAACGACUGGUACAGGAGCCUGACCUCCAGCAUCGGGCAGCUGAUGUCCCGGAACACCGUGGUCCACCGGAGGGAUGACCUCUGCCGAAAACCUCUGCGCUCUGCCCAGGGGGACCCCAACACCCCCUCCGCCCCGCCUCACACCCGCAAGAGGGUCCUGGUCACGGCGGAGCCCCCGGGGCAGAGGGGCGACCCCGCUGGUGUGGCCCCCCCCGCAGGCUCGGACCCGGCCGGGGCAUCAAAGAGGAUGAAGCUGUCUGGUGGAGCCGUGGAAAGUCCACAGGAGGCAGCAGGGGCCGGGUCUGGCUGUGUGAUCCUGUAACCCCCCCCCCUACCAUCGCCAUGGAGCCGGGCUAUCUGACAUUGGGCCGCUGAGGAG